GUAACGACCGAGGAAUCAUCAGCGGAGGUCACGGAUCGAGGACUGUUUGAUUUCUUGGGGAAGAAGAAGGAGGAAACAAAACCUGAGGAGACCAUCGACUCUGAGUUUGAACAUAAGGUUCAUAUCUCAGAGCCAGUGGUGCCUGAGGUUAAACACGAGAAAGAAGAGAAAAAGCAUAGUCUCCUCGAGAAGCUUCACAGAAGCGACAGCUCUUCUAGCUCCUCAAGCGAGGAAGAAGGCGAAGAUGGUGAGAAGAGGAAGAAGAAGAAGGACAAGAAGAAGACUGCUACUACUGCUGAAGGAGAGGUGAAAACAGAGGAGGAGAAGAAAGGGUUUAUGGAUAAGCUGAAGGAG